AUGAAGAUUGAACAUGUGGCAAGUAUAAGUUAUAACCAAAUCUUCGUCUUUGCUUUGUGUUCAAGCCUUCUCAUUAUCACAACCCAAAGCCAUGGCCAUUCUGAGUUGUCAAAAAGACAUGCACCUCUUUUCAUACUUGGGGAUUCAGUCUUUGAGGCUGGAAAUAGUAACUACUUUAACUCUACAGCCCGGGCAAAUUAUAAUCCAUAUGUUGAAACAUACUUUAAGUACCCAACUGGGAGAUUUUCUGAUGGUCGUCAAAUUCCAGAUUUUAUUGCUCAGUAUGCGAAGUUGCCAUUGAUUCCACCAUAUCUACAGCCCGAGAAUCAUGAAUUUUCAUAUGGUGUCAACUUUGCAUCUGCAGGAUCUGGGGCUUUGGAUGGAACUCGCCUAGGCUCGGUGAUAAGCCUUAAAACUCAGCUGUCAAAUUUCGAGAUCGUCAGGAUGUCGUUGAGGAAGAAACUAGGCGAUGAAGAAGCCAAAUCUCUGCUAUCAAGAGCUGUUUACUUUUUUAAUACUGGAAGCAACGAUUACCUUUUCGCAUUCGACACAGACCCAACUGUGCUCGGAUCCUACUCUCAACAGGAAUAUGUAGACCUGGUGAGAGGCAACAUGACCGCAGUGGUUAGGGAAUUCUAUAAGAGAGGAGGAAGAAAUUUUGCGUUGCUUGACCUCUGGCCUAAUGAGUUUCUGACAAAAAGAAUGAACAACCCUUCUAAAUAUGGUUUCGUGGAAGGAAAGGUGGCAUGCUGUGGAAGAGGUCCAUAUGGAGGAAUUUUUAACUGUGGAGGAAUGAAGAUUUCCAAAAUGUAUAAUUUAUGCAAGAAUGUUAGUGAAUAUGUCUUCUUUGAUUCUUCUCAUCCAACCGAGAGGGUCUAUGAACAGUUUGCCAAGAAAAUAUGGAGUGGAAAUUCCAUCACUGCGCUUUACUAUUUGAAAAUUAGCUAA